AUGGCGGCUCUUCAAGCAUUUCCGAGCAUAAGCGAGGCUGAAUUUGCGGAAGCAUGCCAGGCUUUGGAAUCUCGGGCAUUGGAUCGGCUGGACGGCACGGACUGGUUGAGUGUAAGAUGGUCUGGAGAAGAUCUCUUCAUCAAACAGAGGCGAAGGGCCAUGGAUUCUGGUCAGGAUGGCCGCAAUGAAAAUCCAGAUGAAGCACGCAGUGAAGAGAACAUGGACAACGUCGAGGAUGCAUGUCCUGAAACCCUUGUUCCCAACAGACACGGCUUCGAUUCCUUUUCCAUCGACUUUUCCGUAACCUUAUCUCCAACAUACUGUGUUCCCGUCCUUUGGUUCUCGCGCCAACCUAACGCGGACGAAAAAGCCUUCAGUCUUGAACAGGUGUACAGCCAAUUGGUGCCACACACACUCCACGCACCACUGCAAAGUGUUGGUGUUAUGGGAGGGAUCAGUACGGCGCAUCAUCCAAUCUCAGAUCGGCCGACUUUCUUCAUCCAUCCGUGCAAUACCCAGGAGGCUCUUUCGGUGCUCCGCUCUGACCAUGCAUUGACUCCGGAAGGGUAUCUCAUCCUUUGGCUGGGUUUGGUCGGAACCUCCGUUGGCCUCCAUGUUCCCAGUAAAAUUUUCGAAACGGAG